GUGGAGAACAAUAAACUUAAUGUUGCUAUGCCAGUGAGAAAAGGAAACAUCGGGCCAGUGAGCGCGGUCAAGUGCAACAACAAAGAGAAACAUUUCCUGACACCUGUUGUAGAAGUAAUACAUUUUAACUUAAUGAAAAGGCAUGGACCUACGUAAAAUAAGCAAUUUGUUUGUUGGGACUUGAUUGAGGCAGAAGAACAGUAGAUUUACUUAUGGCAAGUCCGGAGAGAAAUAAGAAGAUUCUGCUUGAUCUGGUGAAACAGCCCAGCAACGACCAUUGUGCCGACUGUGGGGCCUCUGAGCCAGACUGGGCCUCGUACAAACUUGGUGUGUUUGUAUGUGUGAACUGUUCGGGGACACAUCGGGACUUGCCUGCCAUCAGCCGGAUAAAGUCCAUACGCUUGGAUUUCUGGGAUGAUUCCCUAGUGGAGUUUAUGAAGACAAGGGGUAACGCUGCAGCCAAUGCCUUCUAUGAGAAGUGUGUUCCGCCAUUCUACUACCGGCCACAGGAGAAGGACUGUGUUGUUCUUAAAGAUCAGUGGAUACGUGCUAAGUAUGAGAGGAGAGAAUUCACAGGAGAUAAUAACUUCCUUCAACAAGGUUAUAGUUCAGGAAUUUACGAAGGAAUUCUAUGGAAGAAAGGCAAGGACAACAAGCAGUUCCUGAAAAGGAGAUUCCUGCUCUCUGAAACAGACUUCACCUUGAGAUACUUCACCAAGGAGGAUUCGAAGAAGCCCAAAGCAGUCAUCUCUAUGAAGGACCUCAAUGCCGUGUUCCAGCCGGAAAAGAUAGGUCACGCCCACGGGCUGCAAAUCUCAUACCUGGAGGAAGAACGGACCAGAAACCUGUUUGUUUACCAUGACAACAGCCAGGAAAUUGUGUCCUGUUUCAAUGCAAUUCGGGCCACCCGGUUUGCUUAUCUCAAGAAGGUCUACCCUAAUGCCAGGGACAGUGACCUUGUACCUUUGAUAACCAGAAGUAGCAUUAAAGAAGGCUACAUGGAGAAAACAGGUCCAACGCAAUGGGAGCCAUUCAAGAAGAGAUGGUUCAUCCUAAACUUAACGGACAGAAAGCUGUCCUACUUCAAAACGUUAUUGGAUGCCUUGGAACUGGGAGCUGUCUUCAUCGGCACAGAGGGCCAUGGCUAUUCUGUGAGGGAGAGCCAGCCUAAGGGGAGCCGCGGUGGCAGGUGGAGGUUCGGGGUCACCUUGGAGACGCCAGACAGGCAGUUUGUCUUCCUGUGUGACCAGGAGCAGGACCAGAGGGAGUGGAUAGAAGCCUUCAAACUAGUCAUCUCCCAGCCUAUGCUACCACAGCACUACAACACUGAGGCAAACAUGAGAAGGAUGAAAAGAUGAAUGGAGUGUAAAAACCUGAGGAAAGUAAAACUAAAUUUACAGGAAGAAAUGGCAAUAUGUGGGGCUGACUGCCUGUUUCAGAAAGCCUAGCAGUGACACACGGAGGCUUCUCACAAGAGGUGAUCAAUGAACUCUUCAAUGGAGUCAUGUUUAUUGGAAACUGAUGAGAGGCUAAAUGAACUGAGGCUAAAGAGGCUAAACGAAUUGAAGAGCUGCCAAUGAGGAUAAGCACUGGUAAUCAUUCCAAACCACCAUCAUCCAGUGCACCUUGUAAACCAGUGACAGGACUGCCUAUUAUGAGAUGGGAACUUAUGGCAUUGUCGGGGACAUUAGGAAUGUAAUAAAUACUUUCUAUUAACUCAUGUGCAUAUACACUGAGUGUACAAAACGUUAAGGACUCCUGCUCUUUCCAUGACAUAGACUGACAAGGUGAAAGC